AUGUCAGAGUCUGAAACAGACGUUUCUGUUGAGUUCAUUGAGGAAAAAGCCGUGAGUGACGAGCAUCAUGUUAUCAGCAUUGAUAGUGAUGAGGAUUCUGCUGAGCAAAAAUCAAAAAUUGAGGCGCCCCGAUUAAGACAGAAGGCUUCAAAACGUGGUUUGGAGGGGACUGUUGUUAAUCCAGAAGAGUACGGACAAAAAAAACUGAAAUUACCGUUCUCUACUGAGGGCAAGCAAGAUGUACCAAGAUUUCAGUCUCCAAUCAGACUAAUCUCCAACGAUCCAUACUGCAAGGUGUUUCCACCAUCAUCAAAUAAGGAUACUAUUACCCUGUAUGAUUUGGUGGGAUCCAGAAUACUUGAAAGCAGCUACCAAUUUAAUAUGCUUAUAGACUGUGAUUUUUUGCUACCUUUCUUCAAAGCCGAUCCCCUAAAUUUCGAGAUUACUCUCAUUGGUGUGCAAUCCAAUAUUGCGGUCGAAGAUGUUCACCGUCUUCAGUAUCGGAUAAAAACAAUUGAUGUAUCCACCAAAUUGUCGAAGUGGGGAACUCAUCAUUCGAAAAUGAUGGUCAACUUUUUUCAUGAUGAUACAUGUCAAAUCGUCAUCCAUACCAUGAAUCUUACUCACACGGACUAUUUGGCUCAAACCCAAAUGUGCUGGAUCUCUCCAAGACUGAAAAGACUGAAUUCCCAUGCUCACACAAAUGAUAAGAAAGGAAAUCUUGACCCAGUUUACGAUGUUGGCAUUAUUUUCAAAAGAGACUUUCUCCAAUACCUUUACACAUACGAAAACUCUGUGGUGUCUUCAUUAGCUGAAAAAUUGAAAGCGUUUGAUUUUUGUCCGAUUGACGUGGCUUUUGUUUGUUCAAGCCCAGGACGUUAUGAGUUCAGCUUGGCGGACCGUACAGAGACAGAGACACAUCCAGAAACCCUUGGCGACAAACAGCUGUAUGGUUACGGUAGCUUGCGCCAAGUCCUGAACCGUUAUAAGUUGACUACUCCGAAUGACGCAAAACUAAUCAUGCAAGUGUCCUCGAUAAGUGCACCACUAGAUAACAAGCAUACAAACAUCGGGACACACGUUUUAUCGAGCAUUGUGGAAGGUUCUCGAGCAAUCGUCAAACAGCCAAGCCAUAAGUUUGGAGAAGGAAGUGGGGUCGAGAUUAAUAUUAUCUGGCCAACAGAGAAGGAGAUUAUGAAUGCCCAUUAUGGCCACAUAUCAGGACAUGCAGUGAUGUUCAAAUCAAAAGCAAGCAGUGGAUGGUAUGCAUAUGAAAAUCAAGCUAGAUUUUUACAAUCAUUCUUCUGCAGGUGGUCUUCCAAACCGUCUUUUCAAUCUGUUGCUGGAAGGAGUAAUUUAUCGCCGCAUGUCAAAUCUUAUUGUGUGACGAAAAAUAACUUUGAAACAUUAGAGUGGUUUCUUUUAACGUCGGCAAACCUUUCGAAACAAGCAUGGGGUGCACCAGAUCGUGGGUAUGGAGCGGCCUCGCAAAAGAAAUUGCAGACCAAACAUGUUUACACAGUGAAAUCUUACGAGGCAGGUGUCCUUAUCGUUCCUGCAUGCAUAAAGACAAAAUUUAAGAUUUAUAGACCGUUUGCAUUGAGACCUGUACAAGGAACAGAUUUUUGUGAAGGUGUGAAUGAUGACACUGUAUACUAUCCUAUCAGACUACCUUAUGACACUCCUUUGAAAAGGUACACUGACAAUGAUCGCCCAUGGACGACAGAAAAAUUGGAAGAAAUUUACAGUACUGCCUAG